AUGCCGCGCAGCUGGCCAGGAUGCUCAGAUAGCAACAGGGCGAGCUGCGGACGACUACGGUGCCAGGGCGCCCGGCCACACAUCCCGGUGCCUCACGCCCGUGCCCGCGAGUCCCGCGUCCCGGAGGUCUCCGCCCUCAGCCUCCACACUCCGACUGCAGGAGGCCCGGGAGAUCCCCCCACCUCAGGGCCCAGGCCGUCCCCGCGCGCGGCUGGAGCAGGGCUCCUAGCAAGGAGGGGGCCGACCUCCAAGGACAACCCCCGGCGCGGAACCCCGUCCGGAGGCGGGCGGGGGAAGGGCAGCCCCAAUCCCCAGGGGCCGGAGGGGGCGGGGUGGGGAAGCAACAAAGAGCCCUCACUCCCUCCACGUCUCGAAGCCCGCUCCCGCCCCUUCCCGCUCUCCGAAAUCCGGCGGGGGCCCCGGCCGCCAAGGGGGAAGCUCCCGGAGGAGGAGGCAAAGAAAGAGGAGGCGGCGGCCGCUGGGGGACCUGCUCCGCGCGUUGGCCUGUUCGCCCCCUCCCCAGCUUUUCUUUCGCCGUCUUCUCUUACUCUCGGCUGGCGCCUCGGCUUUGUGCGUGGAGAUGGUGUAGCUCCCGAAGGAGGAGCCGGACACUUGUCUCCUGUCUGCGAGCUGCGUCCCCGCCCCUGGAGGAGAGACCCCCCUCAUCGGCUCGGCGUCUCCCGGCUGUUGGGGAACCCUGGGCGCCGCCGGCACCAUGAGGUGAGGGGCGCACGGGGCGGGGGCCAGGCAGGCCAUUGUGCCGCGGGAGCCGCGACCCCGCUUUCCCCGGACCCCGCCUUCCCUCGCCCGGCCCGGCGCGUCUUCUCCCGUGAACAGAGUAUCUGUCAGGCAAGAGCUGCUGUGAUGGUUUAUGAUGAUGCCAAUAAGAAGUGGGUGCCAGCUGGUGGCUCAACUGGGUUCAGCAGAGUUCAUAUAUAUCACCAUACAGGCAACAACACUUUCCGAGUGGUGGGCAGGAAGAUUCAGGACCAUCAGGUGGUGAUAAAUUGUGCCAUUCCUAAAGGGUUGAAGUACAAUCAAGCUACGCAGACCUUCCACCAGUGGCGAGAUGCUAGACAAGUGUAUGGUCUCAACUUUGGCAGCAAAGAGGAUGCCAAUGUCUUCGCAAGUGCCAUGAUGCAUGCCUUAGAAGUAUUAAAUUCACAGGAGACAGGGCCAACAUUGCCUAGACAAAAUUCACAACUACCUGCCCAAGUACAAAAUGGCCCAUCACAAGAAGAGUUGGAAAUUCAAAGAAGGCAACUGCAAGAGCAGCAACGACAAAAGGAUCUGGAGCGAGAAAGACUGGAGAGAGAGAGAAUGGAGAGGGAGAGGUUGGAAAGAGAGAGGUUAGAAAGAGAAAGGCUGGAGAGGGAGCGACUAGAGCAAGAGCAGCUGGAGAGAGAGAGGCAAGAACGCCUGGAAUGGGAGAGGCAAGAACGAGAGAGACUUGAACGGGAAAGACAAGAAAGAGAGCCACAAGAACAGUUAGAAAGGGAACAGUUGGAAUGGGAGAGAGAGCGAAGAAUAUCAAAUGCUGCUGCCCCUGCCUCUGUUGAGACUCCUCUAAACUCUGUGCUGGGAGACUCCUCUGCUUCUGAGCCAGGCUUGCAGGCAGCCUCUCAGCCGGCCGAGACUCCAGCCCAACAGGGCAUUGUCUUGGGACCACCUGCCCCUCCACCCCCUCCACCACUCCCACCAGGUCCUGUUCAGGUUUCAGCAAUGCUCCCUCCUCCCCCAGGGCCCCCUCCACCUCCUCCACUACCAUCCUCUGGGCCGCCACCCCCACCCCCUCCACCCCCUUUUCCUAAUCAAAUACCCCCUCCACCUCCACCACCUCCUGCCCCUCCUCUCCCUGCUUCCGGAUUUUUUGUGGGAUCCAUGUCAGAAGACAAUCGCCCUUUAACUGGACUUGCAGCUGCUAUUGCUGGAGCAAAACUUAGGAAAGUGUCACGGAUGGAGGAUGCUUCUUUCUCAAGUGGAGGGAAUACUAUUGGUGUGAAUUCUGCCUCAUCUAAAACAGAAGCAGGUCGUGGAAAUGGACCCCUUCCUCUAGGGGGGAGUGGUUUAAUGGAAGAAAUGAGUGCCCUGCUGGCCAGGAGGAGAAGAAUUGCUGAAAAGGGAUCAACAAUAGAAACAGAACAAAAAGAGGACAAAAAUGAAGAUUCAGAGCCUGCAACUUCUAAGGCCUCUACAAGUACACCUGAGCCAACAAGAAAACCUUGGGAAAGAACAAACACAAUGAAUGGCAGCAAGUCACCUGUUAUCUCCAGACGGGAUUCUCCAAGGAAAAAUCAGAUUGUUUUUGACAACAGGUCCUAUGAUUCAUUACACAGACCAAAGUCUGCACCCUCAUCACAGCCCAGUGCCAAUGGAGUCCAGACAGAGGGACUAGACUACGACAGACUGAAGCAGGAUAUUUUAGAUGAAAUGAGAAAAGAAUUAACAAAACUGAAAGAAGAGCUCAUAGAUGCAAUCAGACAGGAACUGAGCAAGUCAAAUACUGCAUAG